AAAUAGCUUCAAGCACAGCCGCUUCAAGCUAUAAAUCGUAUAUGCGAUACACUAUCAUAAUAAACAUUUCAAACAGCACUUCUUGAAUUUGCUUUUUUUUCCUAAUGAUAAAAUAUGGCAACAGAAAAGGAUUUAAUUAAUGCGGUAAGAGAAUCGCUUAAAACCGAUGGAGAAUUAGGACGUAUAAAAGCUAAAGUACGGACAGAAGUAAUAAAACUAUUAGAUAAUUCGAACAAAGGAAAUAAAAUGAAACUUCCAAAACCUUCUCAAGACAUUGCAUUCAUAAAUGAACUUAUUAGAGAAUAUUUGGAUUGGAUGGGAUAUAAAUAUAGUUCCACUGUAUUUAUCUCAGAAUCUAAUUUAUCAAAACAACCACUCGACAGAUCGUUGCUCGUGCAAAGCUUAGGAACAGAAGAAAGCGAAAGCAGCCAAAAUGUACCGUUAUUAUGUAGUAUAGUGGAAACAUAUAAAAAUUUUAAAACUACAUAAAAAAA